AUGGAAGGGACUUUAAUGUUGUUGUGUUCUUAUCAGAACAUUAACGCAGCCUACAAUAUCCGGGAUCAUGGCAUGUUUGCCGAAUUAGUUGAUUUUCUAUGUUCCAAGUUCAGCGGGAUAGGUCCCCAUAAUGUGGGAUUGUCGUACAAGAUUCCAGGUUUAAACAGUUUCACUUUACAAGAUGAUGCGGAUUUGGAAAACCUUGUUCGUCUUGCCCAAUCGUUCGGGUUGGAACACAUUUGUGUGUUGGUUGAUCAGCAUGGACGUUUGGGUAGCGUAAGUGAGUACAGCGAACAACAUAAUAUGCAACCCAACCCGGUGUCCGGAAUAAUCGUUAAUGACCAAGGAGGAAGUGAUCACGAUGUUGAUUUGUUGCCUGAUUUCUGCCUGCACAAUAAUAAAGUAUUACUGACUGAAUCAUGGGCGCGGGGGUUAACCCACAUCGGGCAAUGCUUUGAGGGGGGUACACACGAAUUUCGUACGGUUUUGUGCAAGUAUGUCAUUGAGUUUAGGUUCAAUUUCAGGUAUGUUAAGAACUAUUCUGUAUGGGUCACAGCAGUGUGCUCCAUGGUGGCGGAUAAGGGCUGCACGUGGUCUGUACAUGCUCGGGUGUUGAAAGCAAAUCAAUUUUUCUACCUUCGCAAAUGGAACAGUGUGCAUAGUUGCGGUGUAUCUGUCCGGACAUCAAAUCAUCCAAGGGUUGGAUCUGAUAUGGUUGCUAAUAUUAUGGCAGCUCGUGUUCGGGACAGACCACUCACACGUUCAACUGAUGUCGUCUUAGAUUUGAAAGAUGAUUAUGGGUUGGACGUCAACUACCGUAUUGCAUGGUUAGGGGUUGAGAAGGCAAGGGAGGAAUUGUUUGGCGCCCAUUCCGUAUCAUUCGACCAAUUGCGUUGGUAUCGUGAAGCCGUCAUGCAAUACAAUCCUGGGAGUUAUGUUGAUAUCGAUUACGAUGAACACAACUACCGGUUUCGGCGUUUUUUUAUUUCAUUCAAAGCAUGCAUUGAUGGGUUUCGUCAUUGUCGUCCAUUACUUUUCCUCGACGGAACCUUCUUGAAAGGCAGGUUCAAAGGGUUUUUGCUAGCUACCACCGCGAAGGACGGUAAUCAAGGGUUGUUUCCGCUUGCUUAUGCCAUUGUGGACUCUGAAAACCACACGAAUUGGGGUUGGUUCUUACAACAUCUUGCCAACAGAAAUCUGCGGGACAAACUACGAUAUGUGAACAGCAUGCAUCGGAUUGGGCUUGUCAGCAAAUUUCGUAAGUGCGCAUACGCACCCACCAUAGCAACAUUUAAUCAAAAGGCUGACAAAUUUCAACAAUCUGGAAAAGCAAUUGCUACGAAAUUCCUUGCGGAUGCACAUCCACAACACUGGACGAACGCAUUUUUCAGAGGUAGACGAUACGGCGAAAUAAGCUCCAACGCCGCCGAGUCAUUCAACUCUUGGAUUCGUGAAACACGAAAUCUACCAAUCACCAAAAUGGUUGACAACAUCAGAGGUCAGAUUAUGCGACAAAUGUCGAAUCGGAGGGUGUCAGCCCACACCUGGACUGGCAAAAUUUGUCCCAAAAUGGAAUCCAGGCUGGAAGAAGCUUACAACAAAAGUCAGGCAUGGAAAGUGAGUCAGGCGAAUAACAAUGUGUACGAGGUCCAUUCAUUCCCAUCUGUUAUGGUGGACAUCGGCAGACGUACAUGUUCGUGUUUCCAGUGGCAAAUAAAUGAGUUUCCAUGUGCGCAUGUUAUUGUUGCAGUGCGAAAAAACGGGAAAAACCUUGACGACUUAGUCGUACCUUGGUACCAUGUGUCCGAAUAUCGUUUGACGUAUGCGCCCACCAUCUACCCAAUACCAACAGUUGAAAAACCACUAUUCAACCCCACCGACUACGUAAUUUACCCACCAAACGUCAAACGUCCGCCUGGGAGGCCAAAGAAAAAGAGAAUACCGUCUAAAGGUGAGAAUGUGCAACAAAUACGCUGUGGAAGGUGUGGUCGUAUGGGGAACCACAACAGGAAAACCUGCAAAGAACUCAUUUAG